ACCAACUUCCCGCAACAACAUCAGCGUCUGUUAUUUAGACCCUGUACAUUAAUAGCGCGUCGCGUCGCUACGUCCAGUGCCCAGAAAAUUGCGAACGCAAGCCCCUCGUCGACAUUGCUCCAGCUCUUUGACUUCGUUCCAACCCCUGAAAAUGUCUACCGGCAUCGUACUUUCCAAAGACAUUGUCUACCCCGCUGCGGCGAUUGUCUCCACGUUCUGGUUGACAUUCUUCCAGACUGUGAAGGUCGGCCGUGCUCGCAAGCGCGCUGGUAUCGCUUACCCUCAGCUCUACGCGGAGAAGGCUGAGGCAGCUGCCUCUAAGGAGGCUGCCAUCUUCAACUGCACGCAACGUGCUCACCAAAACACGCUCGAAUACUUGCCGAUUAUUCUCUCCGGUACUCUUGUGAUGUCCUUGAAGUACCCGGUCGCCGCGGCUUGCAUGUGUGGCGUCUGGUCGCUGUCUCGCUUCAUCUACACCAUCGGAUACAGCACCGGAGACCCUACCCGUCGCAACUUCCUUGGCGGUGCCAUGAUUGGCACGUUCAACUGGCUCGGCCUGGUGUUCGGCUCUACCUGGACCAUCAUCUCUCUCCUGCGGGCGUGAUGCGGCAAGAAGGAUGGGUCACCUAUCACAUUGUGGUACAUUAAUAAUUGCUCGUGUAAUCCAAUUACCGUGUUUUGCUGCCCAAUACACUGCGUUCUUGAGAGCUCUC